UCUUGAAGCAAGAUCAGUCUCUCGUGAAAGACCGAGGAGAUCACGUGCGGGAGAAGAAUAGCUGAAUAUACUUUUUCUUUUCCGUUGUAAUUUCCGAAUACAAAUCUCUUCCGUGUGGAUGUUAAUCGGUAGAAUUACGUGUGUAAUUACGAGAGAAAUGUUGCGUUUUGUUUGGAUUAUGUUUUGUUUAUUUCACAUCUGUAUAAUAGGAACGCAUGCCACGACGAAUCGCGCCUUCCAAAGCUAUCCCACGACGAUAAAUACCUACGAGAAUGACACAGUUUUGCUGCCCUGCUACGUGGAAGAUCAGGGCGCGCCACCCAGGAUAAGAUGGUGGCGAGAGAACAGCUUUGUGGCCGAUAGCCUCGAAGAGAAUCGCACGUCGUCCGAAAGGAUCACCUUGUUCAAGAACGGUAGCCUGCAGGUGAUGCACGUGCAACGGGAGGAUAGCGGCCAGUAUGUGUGCCAGGCGAUCCGGCCGUCUCCCUGGGGACACGUUACGCAAGUACACGAGAUCGAAGUAAUGUAUCCACCGAGCGUGGAGACUAUACCUGCGUCCGGCGAGCUGGAGGUUAAUCUGGGAGAGAGGGUGUACAUGCAAUGCGUGGCGAAGGGUGUACCGGCCCCUAUCAUAACUUGGAGGACGAAGGACGAAGAAAUCCCAUUAGUGGAUGUCAGACCGCAAUUGAGUUUUCAAGCUGAAAAUCGGAAUCUUUCCGGCAGGUAUACCUGCGUCGCCACUAAUGAUGUCGGUGAUCCCGCCAUGGCGCAUAUAGAUCUACGUAUUAGGUACAAGCCGGAGAUCUACGUAAGGAAAUCCUGGAUGCACGCAUAUCCGGGAAUACGAGUACAGCUGGAUUGCACGGUGACCGCCUGGCCUGAAGCAAAGGUUGAAUGGUAUUUCAAAAACGAAACAGUAAAGUACACAUCGCGAAUAGUAAAACAUAACGAUGGGAACGAUCACAAUAUAUUGAUAAGAAAUGUAAAGAUAAGCGAUUACGGUUUAUAUCUCUGCAGAGCAUCAAAUUCUCUGGGAAUCACCGAAAAGAUCGUCGAACUAUCGGAGAUCGCGAAUCCAGCGAUCUUCAAGAAAGAAUCGCGCUGCACAUCCAGCACAUCUUAUAAUUUUAUCUGGGAGGUCGACAGUUACAGUUCCAUCAUCGAAUAUCAGUUUUGGUUUCGUAAAUACAAGAAGGAUAGUGGCGGCGAGUGGCACAAAUUGUAUAUACCCGGUAACAGCGACGCUGUCAGCUCGGUGCAUGUUCGUUCCUUCAAUCUGACAGGCCUGGACGUAGCGACCCAUUACGAGGCAGUCGUUUUGUCCAGAAAUCGUUACGGAUGGAGCCAUCCCUCAGAGAUACUGCGCUUCCACACCGAAGGAGCUUCCAUCGAUUCCAGCGAAAAUUUCGCUGAGACUGAUGGCGAUCUGGAGCAGAACAGGAUAGCAGGCAUACCGUUCGUAUCGAUGUCGCAGCAUUAUCCUUUGGCAGCGGAUGCAAAUGGAUCAAUGUAUCAUCGAGUGAAAACAUUAUCGUUGAUGUUAAGUAUGAUAUGUACUUUAAUCACAAUAUUCGACAGCAGAUUUUAAAUAUUUGUACAAAAUGCGAAAAAAUAUAUAUGAAACGGACUGCUGUAAUUUAUGUGAUUAUAUUUGUUAAAAUUGCCAUUGUCAAUCGCACAUCGAUUAAUCAUUUUCAUUAACAAAAAUAUUGCUCUUCAUAAGCAUUUAUGAUUUUGCACUUUCAAAGAUGAUAUAUAUGUAAAAAUAUUCAACACAUACAUUUUUUUAUCUCUUUUUUUAUUUUACCUUGAAAAGUUUAAUCGCGAUUAAUUUGAGAUUAAAGCAAUUCGCACAAAUUAAACAUUUAGUAACAGGAUUUUAAAUUUUAAGUAACAUUUGCAAAUAUAGUGUGUCAGUAAAUUCUAUGUCACAUAUUUCAGAAAGGAAUUUGUUUUUACCAUUUGAAGAACAAGUCGUACCGUCAGUCGAAUAGUUAGAAGAACUUUACCUUGUGCAGAAUCUGCUCUAAUAAAUCAAUAUCAAUUCUGUCCGGUUAACGUUAUAAAAAGAUUGAAAUCUACAUUAAUUUUUUUCAAAGUUUAUUUAUCACAUUUUUCCAGUUUGUUUCGGUUUUGUGCGGAAAUAUAUUGGAAAUGUCAUGGGUUUUACUAACAGGACAUAGCGAGGAGUCAUAAUGAAAUGAAUUUAAUUUAAAUGUUAUACAGUCUGUGAGAAAAAAAGUAUAAUAAUUUCAUUCUUACUGCUUGACUGGUUGUAAAUUGUUUUGUAUUCUUGUACAAUUAUCUUAUAAUUAUAAUAAUAAUAGUAUAUAAUAUUAAUAUUAUAUCAGACAGAUUCACACAACGUCCGCGGUAUGAAAGGGGAUAAUUCCCUUGUUUAUCCUUCUUUUCUCAUUCCUGUUCAUUUUUUUUUGC